GGCAGGCUGAGGACCUACACACUUCACCCAACAAGAGUCAAGGACUGUUUGAACAAAGACACUGGAAGGACAGAGAGUUUGACUUGGGCUGAGAGAUAUAAGACUGGGCAUGACGGUGCGGGCCAAGCAGAGGGUGUAGCCACAUCUGGCAGAGCGCUGAAGUAAGCAGGAGCCUCGACACACCAAACCAACUACUGCAGUCGGGGAAAGAUGGGAGAGACAGAGGAGGAUAAUGUGGGAAAGCUGUUUGAGGACUUUGUCCAGGCCUCAACCUGCAAGGGAACGCUGCAGGCCUUCAACGUCUUAUGUAGAAAAUUGGACCUCGACCCUGCAGAUAACAGCACCUUCUACAGUAGCCUGAGGGCAAAGGUCACCACUUGGAAGGCCAAAGCACUGUGGACUAAACUAGAUAAGAGGAUGUGCCAUAAGGAAUACAAGAAAGGACAAGCCUGCAUGGGUACCAAAUGCCUUAUCAUUGGAGGAGGUCCCUGUGGCCUACGGACAGCCAUUGAGCUUGCCUUGAUGGGUGCCAAAGUUGUGGUAAUUGAGAAGAGAGACUCCUUCUCCAGGAACAAUGUGCUGCACCUUUGGCCCUACACUAUCCAUGACCUGCGGGGCCUCGGGGCCAAAAAGUUUUACGGCAAAUUCUGUGCGGGGGCCAUAGACCACAUCAGCAUUCAGCAACUACAGCUCAUCCUUCUGAAGGUUGCCCUCAUUGUCGCUGUUGAGUUUCACAUCAAUGUGGAGUUUGUCAAGCUGCUGGAGCCUCAAGAGGAAUCAGAAAAUGAAGGGAUUGGGUGGAGGGCUGGAAUCCGACCUGCUGAUCACCCCGUGGCUAACUUUGAGUUUGAUGUUGUGGUGGGGGCUGACGGACGCAGGAAUACUCUGGAAGGUUUCAAAAGGAAGGAGUUCAGGGGUAAACUGGCAAUUGCCAUCACAGCAAACUUCAUCAACAGAAACACCACUGCCGAGGCCAAAGUGGAGGAGAUCAGCGGAGUGGCCUUCAUCUUUAACCAGAAGUUCUUUCUUGACCUCAAAGAGGAGACAGGUAUUGAUUUGGAGAACAUUGUGUACUACAGAGACAACACGCAUUACUUUGUAAUGACAGCCAAGAAACAGAGCCUGCUGGACAAGGGAGUCGUCAUUAACGAUUACAUAGACACCCAGAUGCUGCUGUGCAAUGAAAACGUCAACCAGGAAGCUCUUCUGUGCUACGCCCGAGAGGCUGCUGACUUUGGCACCAACUACCAACUUCCCACGCUGGAUUUUGCCAUAAACCACUAUGGUCAGCCAGAUGUAGCAAUGUUUGACUUCACUAGCAUGCACGCCUCAGAGAACGCUGCUCUGGCCAGGGAGAGAUAUGGGCACCAACUGCUCGUUGCACUGGUUGGCGACAGUCUGCUAGAGCCCUUCUGGCCCAUGGGGACAGGUUGUGCCAGAGGCUUCCUGGCUGCCUUUGACACAGCCUGGAUGGUAAAGAGCUGGGCUGAGGGUCAGACUGUUCUGGAGGUGCUGGCAGAGAGGGAAAGCAUUUACAGACUACUUCCGCAGACAACACCUGAAAACAUUGCCAAAAACUUUGAUCAGUACACCAUAGACCCUGGGACACGAUACCCCAACCUCAACUCCUCCUGUCUCAGGCCUCACCAGGUGCGUCACUUAUACAUCAGCGGAGAGCUGAAAUCCUGCUCUCUGGAGCGUGCUGCUACCAUACGCAGACCUGUCAAUCUCUCCAGACGAGAGUCUGAGAUUAGACCAUCGAGGCUUCUUACCUGGUGCCAGAAACAGACGGAGGGCUACAGGAAUGUGACGAUCACAGAUCUGACAUCUUCUUGGAAAAGUGGCAUUGCCCUGUGUGCCCUCAUCCACAGGUUCAAACCGCAGCUGAUAGAUUUCGAUUCAUUAAAUGAGGAAGACCAGGCUGAAAACCUGCAGCUGGCUUUUGACAUCAGUGAGCGGGAAUUUGGGAUCCGUCCAUUCACGUCUGGGAAGGAGCUGAGUGCUGGUGAGGAUCUGGACAAGACCAAGAUGAUCACCUACCUGUCCAAAUUCUAUGAGCUGUUCCGAGGCACACCUUUACCUGCAUCAGGUUCCAGAGGAGUAGAUGAAAACAAUGAAGAUUAUCCAUCUAAGGAAGUCAGAAGUAAUAAUAAUGUGCUCAAUCUUGCACUGCACAGGAAACGAGUACCAAAGGAUGAGAAGAAGUCGGAUGGUACAGACCCCAUUUACAAAAGGAGGCGAAAAUUCUGCAGUUAUUUGGAGGAGGCCACCAAUCUGUCCAGUAACAGCUCCCCAGUGCAAGAAGGACAGGAACCAAAGGAGAACAAAGUGCGCUCCAUGGCUUCUCAAUUACAGGCCAAGUUUGAAAGUACACCUAGUUACACCGUACGGAAACAGUCCGACUGUGAGAGGUCGUCCCUCCGUACUCUUGACCUGACCGAGAAUCAUCACAUUAAACUCGGGCCUCCGCCAGUCCCACCUAAACCUCCUCCUGAGAAACAGUUUGAAGCCCGUAUCAGAAAUGUAGCAAAGCAGUUAGUCCGCCUGCCACCAAAGACUCUGCCCAAACCCCAGUUCCAGCCUCCGUCCCAGUUUUCUGUCGUGAAACUCAGACAUGUGGAACAAACACUUGCUGAGACCAAGCCUCCACCUGAGAGUGUGGACUCUCCUGCCUCUUCUCUCUCCUGCCACUCAGCUGUCCUUUUCAUGUCAAGAGUACUCCAGCGCCUCAAGGAGGUGGACGAGCAAGUCUCCGAGAAAAAAGCUCAGACACAACAGACUAGAGAGUUUCACUCAAAAAGUAUAAAGGAAAAAGCAGUUCACCUCAGUGGGUUGUUCUCAGGAGACAGCUCUGCUUUACUCAAGAACGACUCGGUGCGAAGGGUGUUCCCCCAGUCCGGCGACAAGUGUCAUUCAUGCGAGAAGCGUGUUUAUAUGGUGGAGAAGGUUUGUGCUGAGGGGCUCUACUUCCACAGGGAGUGUUUUCGCUGUACCACCUGCAAUUCUGCCCUGCGCCAGGGAGCACAUGCCUUCGACUCACAAGAGGGGAAACUGUACUGUAAACUUCACUUUGAUCAACGUAACAAUGGGACAACCAUACGCAGGAAUCUAUCUCUACGCUCAAAUCGUUACGGAGGUGGAGUUCAGGAGCAAUGUGCUGCAGAUGGAGACAUUUCCUCCAGCAGUACAGCAGACUUGCAGAGUCAACCUGCAGCAGGUACCUUCAGCUCCUUCAUAAGGAAAAAGCUUAGCUGGCCGCUGAGUGUGACUCGCAUGGUUUGUAACGCCCCCAAGCAUCUGUUUCACCGUGUGCGUAAGACAGCGCAGGCCGUUGCUGGUCACCUUAGGGACAACACCCAGGACUACAUAGACCUGUAUGAGCUAAUGAGCCUGAGUUUACCCCUGCUGCUCGUGUUACAAGAGGUUCUGCUGCAGAUGUACGCAGAGGCUAUGCCUGACGAGCCGAGCUCUUUUCAGCCUCUACUGCUGUGGCUGCAGGAGCAUAUCGGCCAAAGGCUGAUCUAAAACCUCAACUGUUAAUUGUAAACCUUGAACAUUACUCCAAACGCCAUUAUAUCUGUGGCCACGGUGCACAGUAGCUGGAGUGUUCUUGUCAUUAUCUUUUUGUAGCUGUGCACAAGCACCUUUUUGAUGUUUACUUGUCUUUUCAUGAUGAUACUAGUUUUGUUCUCAGUGUGUUUUAUGUUUUGCAUCAGCCAAAACACUGUAGGUUGCACAUAACUUUGCAAUUUACUACAGGGGUGGAGGAGAUUUGUUGAAUAUUAACCAAAGAAUUUUGGUUUAAUGGGGAACCUGUACAGUAGGGUUAAAAUAAGUUAAACAAAUAGAUUUAAAGUAGUCAAACUGCAAAUAAAUACCUUUUUCAUAGAGUAAAACAGGCCACAGUCUGCGCAUGAAAGACUUAAGACUGCUGAAAUCAUCAUUGCUGUAAAACCGAUCCUGCAGUUAAACUUGCUUUACUCAGGUCUUUACGACUGACUAACUUUGUGCACUUUAUGUUUGGGAACUGCCCUGUGGAUGGAGCAGCAAACUGUCACAUACAGUGAGACUGGUGUCAUGUUAAGGCUGAACAUCUGGCACGUUUUAUUUUAUGCUCCUACUAUAUGUUUGGUUUUUUUAAUAUACAUAUACGCAGGUAUGUGUGUUUUACGCACAUGUUUAUUUUUUUUAAUUAUAUUUACUCUACUCUGACCACUCAUUAACUGUUUCUUCAUAUUUGUGUAUGGAUGAUUCUCAAAUAAUCCCUCAGAGGUUCGGAUACUGUGGACUCCUCUCCUAUUUAGUUCUACUUUGCUGCCAUCUACUGUUGACUCUCAGAAAAACAAUGAAGGCAAAAAAAACAAGCAGAUACCCCACCCUCUCAAUUUGUGUAUAACAUGUCAAAGUAAAUUAAAUUAAUUUUAAAAUAGUUGAUUUCAUAGAUUGGAUUUACUGUAGACAAUAGGCACUGGUGAGUGUGUUGCGAUGUGUUUGUAUGUAUUUGCCACUCUGCCUUAAUUUUAAAGCAUGUUGUUGAAAGAUCAACUGCAAACCUCUUUGACUGGAAGACAUGCGGUUGCUUCCUAUUGAGAUAACAUCACUUUCUGUUAGUGCUGUUUAAUUUAAAAAUAUCUGUAAAUAAAUGUUUGCAAUAAACAUCAGGCAGUUUUUAAAGUGUUUACAGUAUGAUAUGCAGUAAUAUGUUUGUUUUGCUCUCAGCUACCUAAUUUUACAUGUUGAAUUACUGAAUCUGAUACAUGUUGUUAAGAAGGAGAUGCAUAACUGGUUUACAGUGCAGCAUAGGUGAAAAACAUGUUUUGAAAUGCCAAACAGCUGUUUUUUAUACACAGAUUGUAAUUAUAGAACAUAAAAGUUAUACAUUUACAACAAGACAUCAGUCAUGUAGACUGUAAUCUGUACAACGGUGCCAACAACAAUAUUGCUUCUUUUUUAUGAA